AUGGAGGUAGUUACUCAUAUUGACGAAUCGGAUUUUGUCGAAGCUGUUGAAGGCAGAAACAGUUUGGAGUUUGGAGAUGAGAAGCAGCAAGCUCGUUUCGAGCUCGGGGUUUCGAUGAUGGUUUACAAAUGGGAUGCACUUGAUAUUGCUGUUGCCAACCAGUGGGGUGGUCCUGAAUCUGAAGAGAAGAGAGACUGGAUUACAGGUGUCAUAGUUGAUCUUUUUAAGAAUGAGAAGGUUGUAGAUGUGCAGUUAAUCGAAGAGACGUUGGUUUACGCCAUGUUCGAUGAAUUCGAAACGAAUGUAGAGGAUGACUCUGCACUACAUAUUGCUGCUGGGAUUAUUUCCGUAUAUAGAGAAUGUGCCAACGAGGACUAUUCCACUGUGGAGCGUUUGUUCUUAAACUGGAAUGAGAACAAAGACAAGAAACAGCCACGUAAAAUAGUAGUAACUGGCGACUCCAGUGACGAGGAAGACGAAGGUGAAGAGGGUAGUGAUGAAGAUAUGGAUAUGUGUGAUCAUGAUCAUGAUCAUGCUCAUAAACACGAACCUGAGGAGACUUCUGAGAUUCCAGAGCCUGUUGUCGAUGAAGACGGCUUCGAAUUGGUGCAGAAAAAGGGUAAGAAGAGAUAUUAG